UUCUCACAUGCCGUCACAAUCCAAACGGAGGGUAAAUUUCCCCAAUACUCUAUCUCUACGGAUAAAACCUAAUCCCCGAAACGAAGUUAAAGGUCAGUUGUAGGGGCUGAAGCGUUGAGCAAAGGAUUGUCGUCACCAUCCUCUGAUUGCCCCAAAAAGGCAGCAAAAUCCCACAAUUAUUGUAAUGGAAUUAGCAGACAAGGCCGUUGGGUUUCUGUUAUCAAUUGUCAGCCUAUCCAUAUUCACUUAUUAUACUUUUUGGGUCAUCAUCCUGCCAUUUGUUGACGAUGAUCACUUUAUCCACAAGUACUUUCUUCCCCAAGAAUUUGCCAUUCUCAUUCCUGUACUUGCUGGUGUGGCACUUCUCUGCUUCUUGUCUGUCUUUGUUGGGUUUGUGAUGCUCAAGUCCAAAAAGAAGGCGGCAUGAUGCUUACUAUGACAGCAGUUUUUAAUUGAUUUUGAAGACGGCUUUUAGCUAUCUGACAUCUUGUAGUUUUAAGAUGAGAGCAGCUCCUAGGAUGUGUGUGCGCGAGUGCAUGUGUUUUUCCUCAUAUACUAUCUUGAUUCUUGAGUACCAUUGAGUCUUCUCGAAUUGUUUUUAUUUCAGUUGUCGUAGUUACUUUGACGUGUAGGUGACUCUGACUGUUACGUAUCAUUAUGAUUUGUGAUAGCAUAUACCUCUUUUUUCCUGUUCAAAGUUAUCUGUUUAGUUGAACAUGCAUGUUCAGGAUCA